UUUUUGAAUUCAAAAUGCAGUAUAAUUAUCUAUUCAAAAUAGUCAUAAUAGGCGAUAGUAAUGUCGGAAAAUCUUGCCUGCUGAUCAGAUUUGCAGAUGACUGCUUCACAGAGAACUAUAUCACCACUAUAGGUGUAGAUUUCAGAUUUAGGACGCUAAACAUUGGUGAAAAGAAUGUAAAACUCCAAAUAUGGGACACAGCUGGCCAGGAGAGAUACAGGACCAUCACUAAUGCCUACUAUAGAGGAGCAGAUGCUAUUGUACUGGUAGCAGAUUCUACUGAUAUGAAAUCAUUUGAAGAUAUCCCUGAUUGGCUGACCGAGGUUUCUAAAUACGUUCCUGAAGACACUUACAAAAUACUGUUAAUUAACAAAUCUGAUGUCAGUGACGAGGAAAAGGUAAUAACCGAAGAGCACAUGAAAAAGUUCCAAGAGGAAUUAGGAAUAAUUGCAAUAGAGACCUCUGCAAAAACAGGCCAUAAUGUUGACGAAGCAUUCAUCAACAUCACCAAGCAUUUACUCGAAAAGAAGACUGAAGAAGGAGGAACUGACCCAGGAGCUGCUACCGGGAGCAUGCUCAGCAUGGAAUCUCUUAAGGAAAAGUAUGAAAACACAUGAUGUGGAGGUUAAACCUUCUUUUAGGCCAAAUUCUAUAGCUAGGGUUUCAAUA